UCUGGCAGGGGUUGGAUCUCGAGGUCCUAGCGAUUUCUUAGAGGGAUUUACCCGGGAUCUAUAGAGCAGAGAGAGAUUGGAGAAUUGAUAGGUGGUCGAGUAUUGUUUGGCCGAGUGGAUAUGCGCAGGAAAGUCGAAGAGCUUUAUGUUUCCCCUCUUAAGGGGUUAUUUCCAGAGAUGGCCUCAGUGAGACGGAGUUGGAGCAGCGGCCACACCGAUACACAGCUGCUGUUCCUGAUUAGAACAGCAAUACACGUGCAGUGAAUCGCCACUGGACACUAACUUCUUCGAUUAUCCAUUUGGAAACCUAUUUUUAGAACGUCUGAAGUAAUUGACUGAAGAGGAUUUGGUGUAGCCUACUUCUUAGCCAUUUCAGGUCAGUAUUAGACAUUUCAGGUCAUUGGAACAAGAGACGAGCAAGGCAUUGGUCAUAGCCUACACUUGUCCUUCUGUUUCUCUAAAGUGGACGCAAACAUGACGACUGAGAGAUCACAGCAACUUCUGGACUCGUCUCAUCCUCUGAGAUGCAGCCCAGCAGCCGGAGUGAUGCACGCCACGCUGAUGAGCGCACAGCCAGUGGCGGAGAGCUCACCAAAUGCAUCAAACAAAGGGAAAAAGGGCAACUCUGGCUUGAGGCGACCUGAGAAGCCGCCCUAUUCAUACAUCGCCCUUAUUGUGAUGGCUAUCCAAAGCUCCCCGACAAAGACGCUUACUCUGGCAGAAAUAUAUCAGUUCCUUCAGGCCCGUUUCCCGUUCUUUAUGGGGUCUUACCAGGGCUGGAAAAACUCAGUGAGGCACAACCUGUCUUUAAACGAGUGCUUCAUCAAACUGCCUAAGGGCCUCGGCAGACCAGGGAAGGGCCACUACUGGACUAUAGACCCGGGCAGCGAGUUUAUGUUUGAGGAGGGAUCCUUCCGUCGCAGACCUCGCGGAUUCCGUAGGAAAUGCCAAGCUCUGAAACCAAUGUAUCGAAUGAUGAAUGGCAUCGGGUUUGGAGCGUCGAUACUGCCCCAAAACUUUGAUUUCCAGAACCCCUCCGCGUCCUUGGCAUGUCAUGCUAACGGUUACAACCUGGACGUGAUGGGGAACACGGUGCCAGGGAGCUACGACGGGCUGGGUGGAGGGCAUCAUGUCCCUCAUAUGUCACCAAGCCCCGGGUCCACCUACAUGGCGGCUUGUCAGGUGGCGUCUAAUGGAGACUACUGCCCGGACAGCAGUAGUAGCCCUUUGCACACCUCCCCGGCUGCGAUGGCAGUGGGCGCUUUGGACUGUCAUUCUCCCUACGCCAGUGCUUCUCCCUAUGCCAGUGCCCCCUCACACUGGGCAUCACCUGGUAUGUCUCCAUAUAUCAAGCAGCAAUCCCUGGCCUCAAACAGUCCCACAUCCUCCGCCUUGCACUCCAGCAUGUCCCCAUACUCUCUGGAGCAAAGCUAUCUCCAUCACAACGGAAGGGACUCAUCUGACAUUUCAGUGGGAUUAUCUCGAUACUCAAGCCCUUCAUCGCCAGUGUGUGACAGGAAAGAUUUCUUUUUAAACUUUAACGGAAUUUCUUCGUUUCACCCGGCGACUGCCAGUGGAUCUUACUAUCACCAGCUACAUCACCACCACCAGAGCGUCUGUCAGGAUGUCAAGCCAUGCAUCAUGUGAAAUAAACGCAAUAAGACCAUUGCCAUCUUGGAUGAAGAUCAAUGAACUACACUAUAUACAAGCUAUAGGCUUAUACCAUUUGUCCCUUGCCAAGUCCGGUACAAAUAUCUAAGAUGAAUUAGGGGAAUGUAGGCUAUAUAUACAUAACGUCAGGCACUCUAUUUGUCUCUGAGAAGGUCUUUGUCACGACACCAUUCCGGAGAAAUUAAAAACGACUGAGUGCAUGAAGUAAAAAUUGAAGAAAUGCAUGUAUUGCCAUUGUCCAACACUUUGUCAAUCACGGCUCAGACAGCUCUUACAUGCCACGAUCUAUUCAGGAGUUAUUGUAUCAUUCAAUAUUGUAGGUUAGUGUAAUAUGCAAUAUCCAACCACAUUAAAUAUCCAACCACAUUAAAUAUCCAACCACAUUAAAUAUCCAACCACAUCAAAUGUGUUUACUGAAAAAUACAUGCACAUUCUCCCCGGGUUAUCUUUAGCUAUUUGCACUUAACUCUAGACCCCAGAGUUUAAAAAAAAUAUUUCGCUGUAGGCUACAGCAAGCCAAUAAAUAAAUAUAUUUUACAACUGUUUGGGUAAGUUCUUAUUCGAAGGUAAAUGUAUACAGCAAGGGAAUUAUUUCCCAAGAUUGUGUUUGAGACAAUUUGACCACUUUAUGACAAUUAGGUGUUUUGGUAUGUUGUUUUUGUUAUUGCAAACCUUAAUAUAACUGUUGUUAUUGUUAUAGCAUACUAUUUUAAUUCAAUGAAUGCACUGUUGACAAAUAAUUACACAUAGAUUAAUACCUAUAAUGAAUUAUUCAGCAUAUACAAAUGCAAUGUUUGAUUUAGUUAUCAAUCAGUAGCCUUGCGAAACAUGAAUAUUAGAUGGACAUUUCAAUCACAACUGUAAUCAAAGGUCAAGUUACAUUGCAACAAUUAGAAUGGGAACCCUGGUGAAUCGGGUAAGACACGAGAGCCAAGCAAAUCCAUAUCCCCUAAAAUCUGAUAUCUUAAAAAAAAAAGCAUAGCUAAAAUCCCGAUUACAGGCAGCUCACCUUCUCCUUACUACAUACAACUGAAACCUAUUACUAGUUUACCCCUCCUGUUGUGUUCCUUUCAUGUUCAUUCAUUCUGUGUUCCCGGUCCAAAAUGACCGCCCCAUUAUAGCUGAUUAUAAAUCCAUAAUAACACAUAUAUUAUCACCUCAUGUUGUGUUAGAUCUUUUUAUCAAAUUAAGUUCUUGUGAACAUUACAAUUUUUGAAAUUCUAUUUGCUAUUUAUGGCCUGUAGGCCUCAUUGACCUGAGCUCAUACAACUCGUUUUUGAAAUGUAACAAUGACUCUCUCCUCCUCACCAGUGUCAUGAUGAAAGAUAUGAUCAAGAGCCUCACAUACAGUAUAUCGUUUGAUCAUUGUGCUGCCACAGAAUGAAUUGUGAGCAAGGCCUCAAAACAGCUUGAUAUACCAGAGCUGCGAGAAAAGUUCUAUAUAUUACUGAAAGAAUGUUGCGAUUGUUUGUGAGAAUGCCAACAGGUGUGGUUCCCGUGGGGGAAAUAUUAUAUUGGGGAAAGGUUGCCAUGGAAGCCAAGAAGGGGAGCGAGGUGUGUGUGUGUGUGUGUGUGUGUGUGUGUGUGUGUGUGUGUGUGUGUGUGUGUGUGUGUGUGUGUGUGUGUGUGUGUGUGUGUGUGUGUGUGUGUGUGUGUGUGUGUGUGCUCAAACACACAUGCAUGUGGGGGUC